AGAAUAGACCAUUGUGUAUAACCUUUAAUAAUUAUUUGUAUUUGGCAUAUGGUGAAAGAGUUUGAAACUGGAGAAAAUUGCAAAUUACGAGAUUAUGGAGAAACAUAUAAAGCCAUUGUUGGAAGAAAAUGGCAAUUCACAGUUGCUGGGUGUAUUGGUCGCUGUGUUUGCUAUUAUUAUAACAUUAGUUUUGUUUGCACUUUGGCGCAAAAGAAGGAGUAUAGGCCAUAAUAUCCUUUUAACAGGUCUUAGUGACAGUGGAAAAACAUUAAUCUAUGCAAGAUUAUUAUGUUCUAAAUUUGUCAAGACAUAUACAUCUGUUAAGGAAAAUAUAGGCGACAUUGCAAUCAAUAAUACUUCCUUGAGAAUAGUAGAUAUUCCUGGAGACGAACGACUGCGCAAUAAGUAUUUUGAUAAGUAUAAAUCAUCUGCCAGAGGUUUGGUUUAUGUGAUUGAUUCAGUGACUAUUCAGAAGGAGAUCAGAGAUGUGGCUGAGUAUUUAUAUAAUGUAUUAUCAGAUUCUAAUGUACAAAAAGUUCCCAUCCUUAUAUUAUGUAAUAAGCAGGAUCAAACUAUGGCCAAGGGAUGUAUGGUGAUAAGAACAUUGUUAGAAAAGGAGAUGAAUUUGCUGCGAAUGACAAAGACUAGCCAGUUAGAAGCCACUGACGCAUCUUCAACCAAUGUCUUCCUUGGAAAGCAGGGAAAAGAUUUCGAAUUUUCUCAUUUGGACUCGCACAUUGAUUUCGCGGAGUCAUCUGCAUUUAAUAAAGAUGCUCAAACAUCGGCCAAUAUCGAGGAACUUAAUAAUUGGUUACAUAAGAUUGCAUAAUAAUAAUGUA